AUGGAAGAUGUAAAAACGGUAUCUCAUAUAGCUCUUAUAUUUGCUCAUCUUCAACCAUUUAUUUCAAUGGCCACAAUUGUGGCAAAUAAUAGUGCAUUGCUUACUGCUUACAAUGUUAUUGUCAAAGAUGAUGAUAUUGAUGUUGGUGAUUCAUGUAUGUCAAUUUCCAGCGAAGAUGAUGCACUUCUCAAUGAACGUUCCAAUUCAACAAGAUGCUAUUUGAGCGUUAAUUUUGACAGAUCAUUACUGCCUCAUUCACGAAAUGUUAGUUUUGGUACGCACGGAUCAGUAGGUUCGAAAGCAUCAACUAUUUUAUCAAUAUAUGGAAUAUGA